AUUUAACUACGAAUACUUAUCAGAAUACAGUUUGUUAAUAUUUAUUUAAUAUAAGAAUGCACCUGUAAUGAGUUAGUUAAACCAUGACCAAAUUAUUGCUUAUGAGAAUACAGUAGUAUACAUGCACACACGUAACUACAACUACGCUCUCCCACACUACUGUAAAAUAAAGAAAAUAGAGAAGAUCCGUGGCGCACAGUGAAAACAGUUUUGGAAUUGACAGUUUCUGAACAUCUAUUUUAUUUUAUUUUAUUUUUUUUUCGUUUUUAGUUUUAAUUAACAAACGUAUUACUUAAUAAUGAUAUCAAUUUAAAGAAAGUAUACAUUUUCCCUAAUCGUACGUAUAAGAAAGAAACGUAUCCUUCAAAUGGAGCGUGUUUUGAAAGCAGUACCAGCAGAUUUAAGAGUAAAAAUGGAGGCACUUGUGCAUGAUUUAACUUUGGCAUUGGAAGAAAGUAAUAAUAGCGCAAAUGUUAGACGUAGAUGGGGUAUCAGAAGAAGAGCCCGGUCCACGGGCAACAUCCCAUCAUUACGUAUGAACAAACAAUCAGAUGAUAGUUCAUCUUCCAUUUGUGACAUCCAUGUUCCAAAAACAACAGCUGCCUCCAAAUAUCAAUCUGACAGUGAUGAUACAAAUCAAACGAAAAGAUUUGCACUUUUUUCUAAUUCAAACAAUGCUAGUAAUAUCGAAAGCGAUUCGGUUAAUGAAAAUUUUGUACCUAGACUAAAUCCAAAGCGUAAAAGAAAAUUUAAAAAAAUGGCUAUUGAUACCGAUUCUAAUCCCUCUACUUCCCAAACGAUUGCAAUGUCAACAGCGCUUGCAAAUAAGAAGAGAGUUCUCAGAAGCGAUUGUAAAAAUAGAUACGAAACAAUAUGGUGUGGAAAACGUAAAAGGUCUUACAGGGAGCGUUCCACGGAUUGCGGGAUGAGAUCAUUCAAACCAAACAGAGAUGCAAAAUCGAAAAACCGCAUCAAAAUGCAGACCGAUGAUCCUAUUGAUUGUUCAAGAAUAUCCAGUUCAAGUAUCUCAUCCAGCGAUUCAGAAACUGGACUUAUCACAAAUGACGAAGACAGAGAAGGAGAUGACGAACAAUCAGAUUGGAUCGGAGAACCAAGUUGGUGGGAUGACAAUGAGAGUACUAACGAAGAUAAAGUGAAUACAGAUUCACCGUUUCAAAUGAUGUUGCAUGGAAAUUUUGAGCAUGCAAUCGAAUCAAGAAAAAAUUACAGAAAGAGAAUUCAAAGAAUUCGAGAUUGGAGCGGAAGAGAAAUUCGCGCUGGCCGUCGUCGCGUUGAUAAUAAACCUGGAUAUUCGAUUAUUACAUCGGCUAAUGAAAAAGUAUCCAGAUUUUUACAAGAUCCAACUCAAAGCGAGCUUAGAUUACAUCCUAUGCGACAGCAUGAAAGAGAAAAACUUCGCCGGCUUGCUAAUUUAUAUAGUUUAAGUUUAAAGGGGGACCUAGGCUGUCCAAUUUUAUAUAAAACUCGACAUACUACACAAGCCAUCUGUGUGGAUCAAGUAUCAUUCAACAGAUUUUCGGGCUAUAAAAGAUUAAGGAGAACCCCUCCGAAUUCUCCGAAUUCUGAAUUAACAAUACAUAAUCAAGAACAUCAAAUUUCUAGCGUAAACUAUAGCUCGCAAAUAAUUAGUUCAACGUCAAAAUUGGAUACGAUACCAGUUCUACCGCAGUUCUCUCAUUUUAAAUGGGAUUCGAAUAGCAUGGAUAUUGAAAUUCAUGGAAAACCAAAAUUACAUGAUUUUGAUCACUCGAAAUCAAGUUAAACCAAACCAUACCCCUUUUGUUACUUUUUUCUUUUAUAAAUAAGAAAAAUAAAUUAUUUAUGUCUAUAUCGAGGUUGUGCUUCGCAUACAACACUUUUAAUGUAAACAAUGUAUAACUGCAAUUCGAUGACUACAUUAUAUAGGAGAUUAUAAACCUUUA